GAGUCUGCUCUGUUAGCUGAUUCUAGAAACACUCCCCCCUUCCUCCUCCCGUUUCCUCCUCCUCCAUCCUCUGUGGGAGGUGCUGCAGAGAGUAAGAACACAGAGAGUCAGAGUCUCGUCCGCGGUAAAACAUGAGUGAUGUGUGCACCUCUUUAAGAAGACUUUAACUUCUCUUCAGCUGGAUCUUAACGUCUGAUGAAGCUCGGGUCCGUCUGUUUUUGCUGUGGGGAAACAAGAACAAACAGAUGAGUGAAAUGGGAUUCAUUCAGACUCUUCCUCACUGACUUACCUCCUCAUCUUCAUAGCUCACAUUCAGGCUGAUGGAGAGUCAGGAUCAAACAUCUUCUGUGGGGUCCGGUCUGCGCUCCAGGCUGUCAAACAUGAUGACGUUUGGGAGGAGCAGCGUCGCUCCUGCUGGGUCUGAAAACGAGCAGACAACGAGGAACAUGAGCAGGGAUGUCCAGUUGUCUCAGGCUGCACAAAACAUGAACAACAGCAACAAUAAUGACGGAAAGAAAGACGAGAAGAAGGAUGAGAAGAAGGAUGAGAAGAAAGAUGAGAAGAAAGAUGAGAAGAAGGAUGAGAAGAAAGAUGAGAAGAAAGAUGAGAAGAAGGAUGAGAAGAAGGAUGAGAAAAAGGAUGAGAAGAAAGAUGAGAAGAAAGAUGAGAAGAAGGAUGAGAAGAAGGAUGACAAAAAAGAUGCCAAGAAGGAUGAUAAAAAGGAAGAACCAAAAGAAGUGUGGAUCUUGGACCCCGCCACAGAUACGUACUACUACUGGCUGUGCGUCAUUUCCGUCCCGGUCUUCUACAACAUGAUGUUACUUGUAGCCAGGUCGUGUUUUAAUGAACUGCAGUACAAAAACACACAAACAUGGAUGGCUUUGGACUACACAGCAGAUUUCCUCUACUGCGUUGACACCUUUGUGAGAUUGAGGACAGGUUUUCUUGAGCAAGGACUUCUUGUGAGAGAUGAGAAAACCCUGAAAGAGAGAUACAUGAAGACACGUCAGUUUAAAUUUGACGUCAUAUCAAUAAUUCCCACAGAUAUUAUCUACCUCCAAAUCGGAAUUGACAACGCAGAGUGGAGGUUCAACCGUCUCUUCAGGUCCGCCCGUCUCUUUGAGUUCUUUGACCGGACUGAAACCAGAACCAAUUUCCCCAACAUCUUCCGAAUUGGCAACCUCGUCCUGUACAUCAUCAUCAUCAUCCACUGGAACGGUUGCCUCUACUUUGCCAUCUCCAAGGUGCUCGGCUUCGGGACGGACACCUGGGUUUACCCGAGCAUGAAUAAUCCUGACUAUGCUCGCUUGGCGCGGCAGUACAUCUACUGCUUCUACUGGUCCACUCUUACCCUGACCACUAUCGGAGAAACGCCUCCCCCGGUCCGAGACGUCGAGUACUUCUUCGUGGUGGCAGACUUCCUCACUGGAGUUCUGAUCUUUGCCACGAUUGUCGGAAACGUCGGUGCCAUGAUUUCCAACAUGGGCGCCGCACGUGUGGAGUUCCAGGCGAAGAUCGACUCCAUCAAGCAGUACAUGCAGUUUCGAAAGGUCACCAAAGACCUGGAGGUGAGGGUGGUCAAGUGGUUCGACUACCUGUGGACGGAGGAGAAAACCUGCGACGAGAAGCUGGUGCUGAAGAAUCUGCCGGACAAGCUAAAGGCUGAGAUAGCCAUUAACGUCCAUCUGGAGACCCUGAGCAAAGUGCGGAUCUUUCAGGACUGUGAGGCGGGUCUGCUUGUUGAGUUGGUCCUGAAGCUUCAGCCGCAGGUGUUCAGUCCUGGCGACUACAUCUGUAAGAAAGGGGACAUCGGGAGGGAAAUGUACAUCAUCAAAGCAGGAAAGCUUGCUGUAGUUGCAGAUGACGGGGUCACCCAGUUUGUGGUCCUUAGCGACGGCGCGUACUUUGGAGAAAUCAGCAUCCUAGGUAUCAAGGGCAGCAAAGCGGGAAACCGGAGAACAGCAAACAUCCGAAGCGUGGGCUACUCCGAUCUGUUCGCCCUCUCCAAGGAUGAUCUCAUGGAGGCACUCACCGAGUAUCCAGACGCCAAAACGCUCCUGGAGGAGAAGGGAAAGGCCAUCCUGAUGAAAGACAACCUCAUCGAUAUGUCGCUGGCCGCUCUAACGGACGCCAAAGACUUGGAGAACAAAGUCAACCAGAUCGAAGCCAGUAUGGACAUCAUGACGACCAAAUUUAGAAAGAUGUCGGAGCAGUACGAGUCCCACCAGCGUAAACUGAAGCAACGACUCAAAAACAUGUCCAAUGAGGUCCAAACCCUCAGAUUUGAUGAAGAGACCUGAAUAGAGCUCACCGCAAAGUUUAGGGACGAUUCAGCUUCAUGAGUUUUAUUCUUGGACAAACCUUGCUGGACAAAUGCCGUCUCCUGAAAGUUGAUCAUUUGAAUGUGGGACGUCUUAACACAAAUAUCAAAACUGUCUGAUACACCAAUAGGGUACAAUAACUACAA